CUGUGAAGGAGUUGGGUACGUUGAACGCGGGCGGAUUGUUCCUCCCUCCUUUUCUUUCCUCCCCCUCCCGCCCCUCCUCUUCCUGCUAUUCUCCCUCCUCCCCCACCCCCCUCUUUGUUGGCGGUUCCCUCUCUCGCUGUCUCUUGGGAGGGCGGCGACAAGAGCCCGAGUCUGGCGAUGCCCGAGUUCCUGGCGGAUCCGUCGGUGCUCACCAAGGAGAAACUGAAGAGCGAGUUGAUCGCCAACAAUGUGAGCCUGCCGGGCGGCGAGCAGCGCAAGGACGUGUAUGUGCAGCUCUACCUUCAGCACCUCACCGCCCGCAACACGCCCGGAGCCCCUUUGCAGCUAGACUUCUCCAGUGACGAGGAGCGGGAGCCUACCCCAGUCGCCGCCAGGAACAGAGGCGGCGGCGGCGGCGCUACGGUCACCGUGGGCCGGAAAGCAACAAAGAAAACAGACAAACCGAGGACUGAAGAGCAGGAUGAUAUAGAUGUAACAGAACUCAGUAACGAGGAACUCAAAGAUCAACUUCUGAGAUAUGGUGUGAAUCCAGGUCCUAUUGUGGCAACUACUAGGAAGCUCUAUGAGAAGAAAUUACUGAAGUUGAAAGAACCGGGCCAAGAGCUAAGUUCUUUCAUACCUACACCAGCAGUUUCUUCAUCUGCAGAAAACAGUAAACAGAAUGGAAAUGAUGAGUCUGAUCAAUACAGUGACAACGAAGAAGAUCCUAAAGCAGAAUUCAAACUUGAGAAGCGGGAACCACUGAAGGGUAAAACAAAAGCCCCACUAAUACUCAAGCAAAGAAGAAUUGCUGAACAUAACCAGAACUAUUCUCAUGAUGGAGUUACUGAGACAUUCUGGAGAAGUGGAUCUUCAAAAAGUGGACUUCUGCAGGCAGUUUCUAGGGAAUCUGCAAGAGUAUCCAGAAGGACACCAAGGAAAAGGGUUGAAACUACAGUACCGUUGCCAGUACAUGAUGCAGUAAUAUCACAGAGUACUCCCAUAGCUGAUACUGUAGUGGCUUCAAGCAACAACACCCUAGUAAAUAUAUUGAAUUUGCAAGAGCAGGUUGUCAAUAGGGUGCCUGGAAAUGUCAAGCAUGCAGAUCCUAUACUGUCAGUCGGUGACUUCUCAGAGUUGCCCAGAAGAACAUCAAAGAAACCAUUGAUGACAGCAGAAGUGAUGGAGAAAACUUCUGCAGAAGAAAGAAGAGUAGAAAGGGAUAUUCUUAAAGAAAUGUUCCCGUAUGAAGCAUCAACACCUACAGGAAUUAGUGCUAGCUGCCGCAGACCAAUCAAGGGAGCUGCUGGUCGACCUAAAGAGCUCAGUGACUUCCGACUGGAGGAAACCUAUUCAUCAAAAUAUAUCCCCAAAUACAUUUCCUCAGCAGAUAUCAAACCAGAGAAACCAACAAUUAAAAAACGCUCCAUUCCUUUGUGGAUAAAAAUCCUGCUUUUCGUUGUUGUCGCAGUCUUCUUAUUUUUGGUCUAUCAAUCUAUGGAAACCAACCAAGGAAAUCCUUUCUCCCGAUUCCAAUUCCGUAAUAUAAGUAGUAACGCAGAAGAAGAGACAGUUUGAGUGGGUUUUUUGUAUGGCACACACAACUUGGUCUCCUAUUUUUAACUGUAGAGGUGUCUUCAUCCUUCCUCAUCUGUUCAGAGACUGCAUACAGAUAAUAGCAACAUGAAAAUUUGAAAGUGAAACAAGACAAUAAAUGGACAUCACUAACCUUUGUCAUAUUUAGGAGAUCACUUUGUGCCAUAAGUAAUAUUUUUAGAUCUCUCUGGAACUUCUUGGAUUUAUUUUUUUUAAUGUGGACAUCAUUAUGUUCAUUUAAGAUUGUAUAUUUGUUUUUUGCAAGCUUGGAAGCUCAAAAUGGGCAUAAGUGAUAGUAAAAUGUGAAGGUGUGUUUAAAUGUUUUUACUUCAUACUAAAAAGAUGCUGUACUGAAAUUUUCUCAACUUUGCUUAUUGUUCCUGGGGAUGGAGGUGGUAAAAUAAUAAAGGAAAAUGCAUUUCUGGAUGCAUUUUGCUGAAACUGUGCAGCUAAGUUUAGUGUAUUGUAGUUUUAAUGGGAAAUCCAGCAUUUUCUGUAGAAUACUGUAACAUCUUAAUAAAGAAACUGUAAACCUAUUGUAUACAUUUUUGUAUCUGUCUUAGUUUUAACUGUAGUAACUCCAUUUAAGCCUAUCUUCUAUUUUUAAUCAUAGUUACCUAUCUUAGUGCUUAAUCUUAUAAUUACUGAUCUAAUUGGCAAUAGGUGUCCUUAGAGCAAAACUUAUUUAUUAGUAAAGUCGUGUGAAAUAAAACUUACAUCAAAUAAGUUGAAAUACAUUUUUUACCUAAUGUUAAAUCAUAAAUUAAUUGCAGACUUAAAUUUUUGAGUCUUAGCACAAAAGGCUUAUGUUUUCAAGCAAAACCUACUCUAUUUUUACAUAGGUAAAUUGAAUGUCAUUUUUAGAUUUUUAAAAAAUCCAAUUGUAUUUUGUUUGAAGCAUCAUUAAUGUUCAUAUUCUAAAAUUUUCAUUCUUAUGGUAUUCAAAGGGCAUUUGUUAUUCAUGUGAUAAACUAAGAUUAAAAUGUACUGUCCAGGGAUGCAUCUAUUUUAGUCUGCCAUAAUUUGUUCUCAGUUGCUUUUUCCAAUCAAAUAACUUCGAUUCAUUUUUACUAAGUAUUGAUUAUUACUUAUAUAAAGUGAAUGUAUCAAUUUGCAGCACAUGAAAUCUUGAUUAUUACUGCAUAUUCUAUACAAAAUUGCAAUAAACUUAUUUUUAACCUUAA